ACACUGCUGAAGUGAAAGCGAAAGUUUGUGAGCUAGGUUAUGAUUUCAUGGCUGCUUUGUGCAAUUUUGAAGUAGGCUAACUUUACAAAUCACCAUGGUUUUGAUGUUUGGUGGUCUUCUUCCCGUGUUGUUUUUCACAGCUGCUGUUAGCUCUCAGUCUAUACAUGAGGUUCCUUGGCUACCGUGUCAGUUUAUAGACGAACAUGUUGAGCUCAACGAGGAAGGACACAGAGAAACUAAAUAUAUACAUCGAGAUGCCGGGCUGCAGUUCGGCCAGCUCGGAGACAGUCUUGUGCACUCGGAGUUAAUAACCUUCCUUGUCACAGCAUCUAAGGUGGACAUGCGACGCUACGUUAAAGGUGGAGUAGACACUCUUCAAUGCGAGGUCCGCAGGUACAGCACGGGCGGAAUUCAGAUGCGCUGGCCUGGCAUGGGAGCCCAGGAACAGGACCUCUGGUUUGCCUGCACACUGCGCCACGCAGAAGGCCUUUUUGUGAUCACUACUUUCCUCAGACAUAGUCCCAGUAAUCCCAAUGCUAUGCAGCCAGACUUUCAACACUGGACUCCUGUUACAGAUAGAGACACUGUCAGCACCACAGCUGUAAUGAUUGUGUUGAGCAACACCCCCACCGUGGAGGUCGGCCUGCUGAACGACCAGACCCUGAACUGUGAGUUCGCUGUAGACCACAGGUCAGCCCACCUUACUGUGGAGUGGCGCCUGCAGCGCAGAGGUGACCGCUCCAAGCUCUUCACCUACUCCAGCCGCUCGGGCCAGAUUGAAGGCAGCGGGGUCUCUCUGAAGGCCAUCGCCAAGGGAGACGCCUCUCUCAAGAUCCCCUCGACAAAGCACACCAGUGAGGGCACCUACAUCUGCUCUGUGCAGGUGCCUCCACUCCUUGGCACCCAGGACAUUUCCCUGCAUAUCAUGGAGCCUCCCCGUGUGUCCCUCAGUGUGAGCUCUGAGGUGUCUCUGGUUGUGGGUGGAGAGCAGAAGGUGGUGUGUGAGUCGGUAGGCUACUACCCCCUGGACGUGCACAUGGAGUGGCUGAAGGAGUCUCUGUCGCCAGGAGCAAGCCGCAUGCCCGAGGUGCUGAAGGUUGUCAUGUACUCCAGCCACCGCCGCCACCAGGAUGGCACCUACUCCGUCUCCGCAUUCUUCCUGCUACAGCCCACCCUCCAGGACUCUGGGUACCGCUACACAUGCAGAGUGUCUCACGUCGCUCUACGAGUGCCCAUCAGAAAGAGCUUUACCCUCAGUGUCACAGAGGAAGAUUUAGUUAUGUGGUACAUAUUCCUUAUUGGGCUUAUUCUGGUUGUGGUUGUAAUCCUGGCUUGGCUGUGCUCCAAAAUACUUGCAGAUAGAGAAGCACUUAAGAGCAAACCUUACUGAACACACCAGAGGAAGAUACCUGCAUCUGCAGAUACCUGCUAGCUCUAGAACAGGACUAGUCCUGAUCUGACACAGACAUGUAUGCUACAUCAGAGGAGGAUCCAUUCGAGUCAGCAAUUACCCGUGUUUCCAUCUGUUAUCUCAGAUUUGCUGCUUCUGGCUUUAUUGUCUGAAUGUUUAUGAUGCACUCAUCUCAAGAGAUAGGGAAGGCUUGUGUGAAGGAGACUCUGAGAUCAUUUGAACUUUCAGGAAAUUUUUUGAUCUAUUUUGUUCUAUUGGGAUUCCUUAAUUAUGAAUGUACUUUGCCUUGAAGAAGAAACACGUAUAAGUGUGUAAGAAACUCUAAAAUAGCAUUUAUUUAUUUUAAAUGUUUUUGCAUUUUACGAUUGAAGACUUUUCCUAUUUUGGCAAA